CUCGAAGUGGAAGAUAGAUUUAGGGGUCCCGCGAAAUGGGAUACAAGUUUAGACCGGGUCAAGAUAAACCCGGACCGGGUCAAGAUAAACCUGGACCGACCCAUUUCAAAUGCCGGGCCUAAGCCCGGUUAAUUCAGGCCAGGCACGGGUGGACUAUCCGCUAUAUGACCAGGUCUACAUACCAUAUCCUUUCAAAAGCAAGAAGUGGGAAAGUAUUUUCUAACCGAAUCAAACCCACCAUAUCAAGAUUCCAUAUAUGCCCCCCCCCACACGUGCAUCAAAACCCUCCCUUUCUUGAAUGACCUCGCCGGUUCUACCCCCUUUUCGGCGAUGCCCUCCUCUGUUUCGAACCACUACGCCUCCCUCCUAAAGCUCUGCUCCCAACCCAACAAGCAAUCCCACCUUAAGAAGCUCCACUGCCUCAUCCUCAAAACCAUUAACCCCAUCGACACCUUCCUCUAUAACACCCUCAUCGCCUCCUACUCGAAUGCCGCCCUCCCUGAGCAUGCACGCCGCGUGUUCGACCAAAUCCCCCAACCAAACCUCUUCUCGAGGAAUGCUGUCCUCUCGGCCUACUCCAAGUCCGGCUGCCUCUCUGAGAUGGAGCAGAUGUUCGACUCGAUGCCGGAGAGGGACUGCGUCUCAUGGAAUUCCCUCGUAUCGGGAUUCGCGGGGCAUGGCUCCCCAAAAAAAGCGGUCGAGGCCUAUCGAGCUAUGUUGAGAGAGGCACAAGCGGCACCGAACCGCAUCACGUUUUCGACAAUGCUGAUUUUCUCAUCGGCUAGGUCAUCUUCGGACUUGGGUCGGCAAAUCCAUUGUCAAAUCAUAAAGUAUGGAUUUGAACGCUAUGUAUUCGUGGGUAGUCCUUUAGUUGACAUGUAUUCUAAAGUAGGGCUCCUUGGCGAAGCAAGACAGGUUUUUGAGUGGAUGGAGGAGAAGAAUUUGGUAGUUUACAACACCAUGAUCACAGGGUUGCUUCGGUGUGGCAUGGUCGAGGACUCAAAGCAAUUGUUCAGAGAGAUGUCUGAAAGAGACUCCAUUUCAUGGACCACGAUGGUCACCGGUCUAACCCAGAAUGGGCUGGAGUUAGAAGCCCUUGGUUUUUUCAGAGACAUGAGAGCACAGGAUGUAGGUAUUGAUCAGUAUACUUUUGGAAGUGUUCUGACUGCAUGCGGUGGUCUUUCGGCUUUAGAACAGGGGAAGCAGGUUCAUGCCUAUAUAAUUAGGACACAUUAUGACAACAAUGUCUUUGUAGGGAGUGCUCUUGUUGAUAUGUAUUCAAAGUGCAGGAGCGUAAGGUUGGCAGAACUGGUUUUUAGGAGAAUGGCAUUCAAAAACAUUGUGUCAUGGACUGCAAUGCUCGUGGGUUAUGGCCAGAAUGGAUGUAGUGAGGAAGCCAUGCAGAUUUUCUGUGAAAUGCAAAGGAAUGGUAUCGAGCCAGAUGAUUUUACCCUUGGUAGUGUGAUCAGCUCUUGCGCCAAUCUAGCGAGCUUGGAAGAGGGUGCGCAGUUUCACUGUCAAGCACUAGUCUCAGGGUUGAUCUCAUUUAUUACUGUAUCUAAUGCAAUUGUUACCUUAUAUGGAAAGUGUGGAAGCAUUGAAGACUCGCACCGGCUGUUCAAUGAGAUGCAGAUUAGGGACCAGGUCUCAUGGACUGCAUUAGUUUCAGGCUAUGCCCAGUUUGGAAAGGCAAAAGAGACGAUAGAAUUGUUUGAAAAAAUGUUGAUUGAGGGAGUGAAUCCUGAUGGCAUUACAUUCAUUGGUGUUUUAUCUGCUUGUAGUCGAGCAGGGCUUGUGGAGAAAGGAUAUAGCUACUUCAAUUCUAUGGUUGAAGACCAUGGAAUAACUCCUAUAGCUGAUCAUUACACUUGUAUGAUUGAUCUACUUAGCAGAGCAGGAAGGUUAAAAGAGACCGAGGAUUUUAUUAAGCAGAUGCCUUGUCACCCUGAUGCAAUUGGGUGGGCGACACUACUGAGCUCAUGUAGGGUCCAUGGGAACAUGGAACUUGGGAAAUGGGCAGCAGAAAAUCUAUUGGAACUUGACCCACAGAGCCCUGCAAGCUAUGUAUUGCUAUCAAAUAUGUAUGCAGCAAGAGGAAAAUGGGAUGAAGUUGCUCAGUUAAGGAGGGGAAUGAAAGAUAGAAGAGUGAGGAAGGAGCCUGGUUGCAGUUGGAUCAAGUACAAGAACAAGGUGUAUAUUUUUUCAGCUGAUGACCAGUCCCACCCCUACUUAGAGAGAAUAUACGCUGAGCUAGAGAAGCUUCAUUUGAAGAUGGUUGAGGAAGGAUACAAACCUGAUAUGAGUUCUGUUUUGCAUGAUGUAGGGGAGGCUGAGAAGAUGAAUAUGCUUAGCCAUCAUAGCGAGAAGCUCGCAAUUGCUUUUGGUUUGAUUUUUAUACCUCGAGAAUUGCCAAUAAGAGUAGUUAAAAAUCUCCGUGUUUGUGGAGAUUGCCACAAUGCAACCAAGUUCAUUUCUAAGAUAGUUGACCGUGAAAUUCUUGUGAGAGAUGCUGUUCGGUUCCACAAGUUCAGUAAUGGAGUGUGCUCUUGUGGAGAUUUCUGGUGAUGACAUAAUUUUCAACCCAGUCAACCCAAAGAAUCACAUCAAGGGGGAUUUAACAUCAAUCUGUUCCAAGAUUAUCAGAUACAAUUCAAGCAACAAACUAGAAAGUUCAGAAUCCUGUGUAGACAGUAUUGUUUGAGUUGGAAGUAAACUUCCAUCAAUUUAUACAUGAAAGGAUUAGGGACAUUCAUCAGUAAAAUAUUGAACUAGUCAUUUAUCAGUGGAUUCAAGCAACUGAUCUAUUUAAUUCUGUCAUAAGAUUUGGAUGACAAAAUAAACAUUUAUGAAGAAAGGAGAAUUUUAAUGUACAAGUACAGCAGAAGUAUACAUUGCAAAAUGAUCAGUGCAGAUACCUGUCCUACAGGCAAUUCGGUGGCAAAGAGAGCUAUCUUGAAAUUGGUGUGGCCUAGCAAAUAUAUAGCUGCCUGGUUUGUGCUGGCGCGUGCAUGUUUUGCAACACGAAGUUGAACUUCAAGCAUGACAGGUACUGGCUGAACAUGAACGGUUUUAAUCUGUUUAGGCCAGUUUCCAUGGUCACCUUUCAAUUUAGAUUCGGCUUAUGGCAGAUAGACCAAGUUUUGUCUCAGACCUAUCUAAUUCCAUUUUGUUUGACUGUGCUUUAUUUUGGUUUUUAUAUCUUAAAAGCUUGUUUAUUUAGGAUGAGAACUUAAGCCCACAACGUAUUCAUUGUCUCUCAUUUAUAUAACUUUGUAUUUAUCUCACAUCCUCGCUCUCAAGCACACGAGAGAGAGAGAGAGAGAGAGA